CUCCUGCCCCAUUGGUGCUGACAGCGUGUUGAUGGACACGUGGCACGACCUGCGAGAGACGCUGAUGCAAGGAGAGCAGCGGAGUUACCCUCACCUUUUCCCCCUCUUCUCUCCCAUUUUCCACACAAUUCCCUUCCUUUGCCUUCUCCUUUUAUCCUCCUCCAUCCUCCUCGCAUCCUUCCCUCCGAAGCCAGGUGUGGUGGGAGGGAGUGUGGCAGAGCUGCUGCACAGCACGCCCCUCACAAACAAAACCUCGCUUCCACUGCAUCCUCACGACUUGCGACAACUCUCUUCUAUCCCCUUCCCUUUCCCUACUUCACAAUGCAACACAUCAGCAGUAGUAUUGGGAAGGGUGGAGCUCAUGCUCCACACGCCCCUCAAGGGCGAGGAGCGCUCAUACUAG